AUGUUCUCAAUGUUUAUUUAUAUAAAUAUAUUUUUUUUUUUAUGGUUUUUUCUUAUUUUGAAAAAUAAAUUUUAUGAAGAUAAAAAUGAUAAAAAAAAAGAAAUAGAAAUUGGAGUAGUUUUAGGAUCUGGUGGUCACACAUUUGAGAUAAUUGAAAUAUUGAAGAUAUUAAAAAAUAAUGACAAUAUUUUUAAUUUCUUUUAUGCCAGUAAUGACAUUUUUAGUAAAAUUAAAGUAGAAAAAAUAUUAAAAAAUUAUAAAAAAAAAUUUUUAAUAAUUCCAAGGUGUCGAAAUGUUGGUGAAUCAUACAUAUUAUCUUUUAUAAAAUUUUUUUUCACUUUUAUAUAUUGCAUAUUUUUAACAUAUAAAAUGAAUAAUAUGAAGUUGAUUAUAGUAAACGGCCCAGGCACAUGCUUACCAGUUGUUUUUUCAUUAUUAUUUAGAAAAUAUAUAUUUUUUAAAACAAUUAAAAUAGUUUACAUAGAAAGUGUAUGUAGAAUAUAUUCACUGUCUUUAACAGCUAAACUUUUAUAUGUUUUUGCUGACUUAUUUGUUGUAUUUUCUGAACAUUUAGAAAAAAAAUACAAAAAAGCUAAGUUUUAUGGCUAUUUGUUCUAA